CGCUCCCGGGAUGUAGUUGGUGCCGGCGCAGGGCAGGACCGAGCGGCAGCCCGGGUUCCCGCUCUUGAGAGCGAAUGGUCACUCCCCUGUGGGGAGGGCGAUCCGGCCAGCUUUUCCUUGGGUCCGGGGCCCCUGGGGCCCCGGGCAGGGUCUCACCUGUCGCACCCACACCCAUCCCGGCUGCACUCGGGGCGUCACCGCCGCGGACCUCGCUUUGGGCCAUGACCAGAUAUGAUUGGUGAUUACAACAUCCUUAUAUAAAUUAAUUCUUGUCAACUCCUUGGGAUUUGAAGAGAAAAUGCCUGGUGUCAUACCUACUGAAAGUAAUGGGCUUUCAAGAGGUAGCCCAUCAAAGAAAAACAGACUUUCCUUGAAGUUUUUUCAGAAAAAGGAAACAAAGAGAGCCUUGGAUUUCACAGAGUCUCAAGAAAAUGAAGAAAAGGCUUCUGAAUAUAGAGGAUCUGAAAUUGAUCAAGUUGUUCCUGCAGCACAGUCCUCACCUAUAAACUGUGAGAAGAGAGAAAACUUGUUACCAUUUGUGGGACUGAAUAAUCUCGGCAAUACUUGUUAUCUUAAUAGUAUACUUCAGGUAUUAUAUUUUUGUCCUGGUUUUAAAUCUGGAGUGAAGCACUUAUUUAACAUUAUUUCAAGGAAGAAAGAAGCCCUAAAAGAUGAAACCAAUCAAAAAGAUAAGGGAAAUUGCAAAGAAGAUUCUUUGGCAAGUUAUGAACUAAUAUGCAGCUUACAGUCCUUGAUCAUUUCAGUUGAACAGCUUCAGGCUAGCUUUCUCUUAAAUCCAGAGAAAUACACUGAUGAACUUGCUACUCAGCCAAGGCGACUGCUUAACACACUCAGGGAACUCAACCCUAUGUAUGAAGGAUAUCUACAGCAUGAUGCACAGGAAGUAUUACAGUGUAUUUUGGGAAACAUUCAAGAAACAUGCCAACUCCUAAAAAAAGAAGAAGUAAAAAAUGUGGUAGAAUUAUCUACUAAGGUAGAAGAAAAACCUCAUCAGAAAGAGGAAAUGAGUGGUAUUAACAGCAUAGAGAUGGACAACCUGAGGCAUUCUGAAGACUAUAAAGAAAAACUCGCAAAAGGAAAUGGGAAAAGAAAAAAUGACACUGAAUUUGGUAACAUGAAGAAGAAAGUUAAAGUAUCCAAGGAACACCAGUCAUUGGAAGAGAACCAGAGACAAACCAGAUCAAAAAGGAAAGCUACUGGUGAUACAUUAGAGAUUCCUUCUAAAAUAAUCCCCAAGUAUGUUUCUGAAAAUGAAAGUGCAAGACCCUCACAAAAGAAAUCAAGAGUUAAAAUAAAUUGGUUAAAGCCUGCAGCUAAGCAACCGAGCAUUCUUUCUAAAUUCUGUAGUCUGGGGAAAAUAACAACCAACCAGGGAUCCAAAGGACAGUUGAAAGAAAAUGAAUAUGAUCUUGAAGAGGACUUGGGGAAGUGUGAAAAUGAUAACACAACUAAUGGUUGUGAACUUGAGUCUCCAGGGAAUAAUGUUAAGCCCGUUAACGUUAACGAAGUUAAGCCCAUAAACAAAGGUGCAGAGCAAAUUGGUUUUGAGCUAGUAGAGAAAUUAUUUCAAGGUCAGCUGGUAUUGAGGACUCGUUGCUUAGAAUGUGAAAGUUUAACAGAAAGAAGAGAAGAUUUUCAGGACAUCAGUGUACCAGUACAAGAAGAUGAGCUUUCCAAAGUAGAGGAGAGUUCUGAAAUUUCUCCAGAGCCAAAAACAGAAAUGAAGACCCUGAGAUGGGCAAUUUCACAGUUUGCUUCAGUGGAGAGGAUUGUAGGAGAAGAUAAAUAUUUCUGUGAAAAUUGCCAUCAUUAUACUGAAGCCGAACGAAGUCUUUUGUUUGACAAAAUGCCUGAAGUUAUAACUAUUCAUUUGAAGUGCUUUGCUGCUAGUGGCUUGGAGGGAGAAAAAGGCAAGAUAGUUUCAUUUUCAAGGUUUGAUUGUUACGGUGGUGGACUUUCCAAGAUCAACACUCCUUUACUGACACCUCUUAAACUGUCACUAGAAGAAUGGAGCACAAAGCCAACCAAUGACAGCUAUGGAUUAUUUGCGGUUGUGAUGCACAGUGGCAUUACCAUCAGUAGUGGGCAUUACACUGCUUCUGUUAAAGUCACCGACCUUAACAGUUUAGAGCUAGAUAAGGGAAAUUUUGUGAUCGACCAAAUGUGUGAAAUAGGUAAGCCAGAACCAUUGAAUGAGGAGGAAGCAAGGGGUGUGGUUGAAAAUUAUGAUGAUGAAGAAGUGUCAAUUAGAGUCAGUGGAAAUACACAGCCAAGUAAAGUUUUGAACAAAAAAAAUGUAGAAGCUAUUGGACUUCUCGGAGGACAAAAGAGCAAAGCAGAUUAUGAGCUAUACAACAAAGCAUCUAAUCCUGAUAAAGUUGCCAGUACAGCAUUUGCUGAAAAUAGAAAUUCUGAGACUAACAAUACUAAUGGGACCCAUGAAUUUGAUACAGACAAGGAAUCCAGUGACCAAACAGGCAUUAACUUUAGUGGAUUUGAGAACAAAAUUUCGUAUGUAGUGCAAAGCUUAAAGGAGUAUGAGGGGAAGUGGUUACUUUUUGAUGAUUCUGAAGUAAAAGUUACAGAAGAGAAGGACUUUCUGAAUUCUCUUUCCCCUUCUACAUCUCCUACGUCUACUCCUUAUUUGCUAUUUUAUAAGAAAUUAUAGAGUGAGUAUUUUCCUUAUGUAUAUAUUAAACAGACCUGGACAAAAGCUGGUAAAGUUGAUUACAUCAGAGUCUAGCUUAUCUUUUGAAGCUAUGGGAUAUUAUUGGUCUCUCUAGGUUUUUAUAUAGUGAAAUUUGAAUUACUGAAAACCAUGUUAAUUUUUAGAAUUCAUUUCUCAUAGUAGAGACUAGUGAUGCAUUAGCUUCUGGAAACAAAACUGUAUAGGUUCUUAGUUGAAUUAUUCAAAUGGGAAGCAUUUAAACACUUUUGAAUUUACACCUAUCUUUGUGUUUGCUUUUUAAAAUAAAGUGCUUGUAUUUGUAUCUCC